AUGGCCAACCUGAAUAAACUUGUUCGUAACAGAAGGAACGUCCCCUUCUUUCCUGUGCCCCAGUUCAAACGCCUGCCAGAUUUCUGGGGAUGGUACAAGUACUUCAUGGAUAGCCACAACCAGGAGGGAAUUGAGGAUCUGGAUCGUCUGUACAUGGCCUACCUGCAGAACAAGCACAGGUCAGAGGAGGGGCCCACCUUCAACCACUACCUCAAGCACCUCAGUGAAAUCUACAAGACCUGUGCUGAUUCUGAUGAUCCCGAGUGCAUCGCAGAGUCCACCAGCAAGCCAAAGGCUGCAGUGGUGAUGCCCGCCCCCAUCAAGUCUGCUGCCGUCAGGCUGUGCAACCCCUACAUCGACCCAUACUGCCUCUUCCCCGUCCUCCCCAAGGCUGCAGCCCAAGAGCCCGAGCCAGCUCCAGCCAAGGUACCAGCUCCCAUCCUCACCCCCCUGCUGCCCAUGCCCCUGAAGGGCCCCACUGGCUUCUACUACUAUGCCCCCGUCCUGGAGCCCUUCCUGAGUGCUGAACAGAAGGCUGAGCUGCUGAGGAUCUGCAACUCUGAAGAUGUGGAGUGUCUGCAGUAUCACCUGAGAGCAGCUUAUGGCUACCGCCCAGCUCCUGGCCCAGCCCCAUCCUAUUCUGCCCUCAAAUGUGACCCCAAGGACCCCUACUGCAAGCCCCAUCUGGUCCAGAAGGCCCCAACCGGCUUCUACCACCUGCUCUACCCUAGCUGUGACCCCGCAGUUGAUCCUCUGUGUGUGACCAAUGUUGCUGCUCCUGCUCCCCUCUCUGAUGAGGAGCCUCCUAAGGAGCAACACUGCAACCCUCUGUUUGACGCUGGCUGCAACCCCCUGACUGCCACCAAGCUGUCCGGUCUCACCAAGCCCGUCCUGGAGUACGCCCCCAAAGCUGAGCCUGCACCUCCAGCUGCUCCUCUGUCCUGCGAUCCUCGCUAUGACCCAUACUGCAUACUGGCAGCCGCCGCCGCCCUGCGCAAGCAGCUCCCCGAGCACCAGGUCCGCUACAAGCUCGGCAUCCGCGGCAAGACCAAGGAGGGCUACGACUGCUAUGUGCACUAUGACAAAGACUGCACCCCAGUGAAGUCUGGCACCGAGGCCAAGGCUGACAUCAAGGCUCCAGCCAAGCCCGCCUGCCAUCCAUUUGACCCCAACUGCAACAAAUUUGCAUCACCGUCCAGCAUUGAGGCCCCGAAGCCCGGCAAGGAUGGCAUAAUCCUGCCUGACCCUGACUGUGACCCAGAGUACGACUACAACUGCCGCCUUCGUCGCGCGGAGCCUGCUGCUGCUGAGGAGACCGCCACUGCUGAGGAGAAAGCUGCCGAUGAGCCCGCCAAGGAGGCGGUCCCACGCUUUGAAGACUUCCUCAAGAGCGUCAUGAGCCAGUACAAAUAGAUUCCAGAUAUAA